CUAGCUUUCUGCAUGUGUGAACUGGGACUGCAUGUGUGAACUGGGACUGCAUGCGUGAACUGGGACUGCCUGGUAUACCAAGUCACUAGAUAUUCUGUAUCCAGGAGAAUUCCUUCUGCCUCCGAUCAAUGUAUUUAACACUGGUUCCUAGUGAUGAGGUGGCUCUUAUAUUGGAUUCUAGCAGCAAGCAGCAUUGGUCAGGUCCUUUUACAAAACACCACCACAACGCCACCUGUCCUUGCUGUCUCCGAAGAGUACACUAGGACUCAGUACUGCAAAUGGCCAUGCGAUUGCCCGCCAGACCCACCCAUAUGCCCACCCGGGGUCAGCCUGGUCAUAGACGGUUGUGACUGUUGUAAGACAUGUGCAAAACAGUUGGGAGAAAACUGUACAGAGGCGGAUACAUGUGACACGCAUAAGGGGUUAUACUGUGACUACAGCAGGGACACGCCGAGGUACGAAGUAGGUGUCUGUGGACAGAUGACUGGCAUCGGCUGUCUACUGAACGGUGUGCGGUAUGUCAACGGCCAGAGCUUUCAGCCAAAUUGCAAAUUCAACUGCACCUGCCUUAACGGGGACAUAGGCUGCGUCCCUCUCUGUAUGAACUCACGCCCCCCGCUGGUGUGGUGUCAGAACCCCAAACGGGUGAAAAUGGCGGGAAAAUGUUGCGAGCAAUGGAUAUGCGACGAUUCCAAGAGGUUUAGGAAAGCGUCUCCGCGACACAUCGCCUCUCCAGUUUAUGGUGGAGAAAGUGAAUCGUGGCACAAUAACUGCAUCAUCCAGACCACGCCGUGGAGCCCGUGCUCAAAGACGUGCGGAAUGGGAAUAUCUACACGCAUAUCCAACGACAAUGACAAGUGUAAGCUCUUGAAGGAAAGCCGUCUCUGCAACACCAGGCCCUGCGACGUGGACAUAACCAAGCAUUUCCGGCCCGGUAAAAAAUGUCUGGCAGUCUACCGGGAACCCAAACCAAAAAACUUCACUAUUUCAGGCUGUGUGAGUAAGAAAGCCUACAGACCCAAAUACUGUGGUGUGUGCUCGGAUGACAGGUGCUGCACUCCAUACAAGUCUAAGACCAUCCGAGUCGAGUUUGACUGCCCGGACGGGACCGGGGUCUCCUGGAACGUCAUGUGGAUCAAUGCUUGUUUUUGUAACCUGAACUGCCGGCGACCAAAUGACAUUUUUGCAGAUCUGGAAAGCUACCAUGACUAUACUGAGAUUGUGAACUGAGGAACCGAGCGAGAGACAACGAAGACCUGUGGUGCCUCAGUCCUGAAGGAUCCAUAGAUGCUAUGUUGAUCUUGGUGCUAUACCUUCGUAAAGUGCAUUAUUGAGUCUCAGGAUCAGAGUUGCGACUUAUAACCCACUGCCUAACUUAUUGGUAUUACCUAAAAGACAUACGGCACUUUUAUAUGAAGAUAUUAUGAUAGAAGAUAAGUGCCCUGUUCUCUCCUUGUCGCCUUCUAUUAUCUCCUUUCAAGCAACAUAUUGUAAAUCUAGGCCGACCAGAGUUUUGUUAUUUUCGAGCGUAAGGCUGGGUUCACAUUGAUGUUCAGGGACGUGCACAUAUAGACUCAAAAGGGGGCUUGAACCCCUGCCCUUUUAAUUCACCUACCCUAUGAUUGGGACCUCCGUGGGGAGAUGUGGAUCCUAUUCAGCUGACAUGACUGCCGGAGGGCCCUUAACCCAGAAAUUGUGAUGUGUUAACAUGUGGAAGGUUUUUAAAAA